AUGGGGUAUGCCAUGCCGGUCUUGUCUCGUGAUGAAACACCAAGGGUGGAGGAGUUGUUGAAGGAUCUCUCUACUACAGCCGAUGAUCAAGGUAAUAUUGGGUCAGUGGACUGUGCGGCUUCAUCGUCACCGAGAGCAGGUGCCACAAAUAUCCAGGGUGAUAGUGAGAGAAGAACAUCUUCCGACCAAGGCUCUGAAAUCAGUCCUCGUGUAGACGAACCUGUGGGCCUCAUCAGAGACACAGCUGGGCGUGAGCAUUUCAUCGGCCCAUCUGGAAGCCUGCAAUUUCUAGGCCAGCUCCGGAGGUUGAUUCUUAUCUCUCGCAGCGAGCAUUUUAUUGCGUCCCCAGCGUCUACUCGGCUUACGGCCACGUUCAUCGAGGAAGACGCAGCCCAGGCUCUUGAGGCAGACGGAAACCAAAAUGAGCUCCCGGAACCGUGUACCAACGAAGACCAGCAGCUCGACGAGCGCUCCCCUGCCUCACUGGGGUCUGCGCUGAUCCGUGAUUUUGCCAGCAUCCCCGCUGAUGACAUCGAGGAGAUCAGAAGACAGCUUCCGCCUCGAGAUAUUGUCGACCCGCUGGUACGGCUGUAUUUCAAAGACGUACAUCCAGACUUUCCAUUAUUCCACCGCGGGACUUUCGCAGAAGAAUACGAGACAUAUAUGUCUACAGGGCUGUAUUCUCAGCAGCAGACAAGAGCGGGUAUGCAUCCGCCGUCGUCUACCGUACCUGAGCCAGGCUGGCUAGGCUGUUUGCACAUGAUGAUUGCCUUUGGUUCUUUGUCCAGCCCGUUGGACAUCCCUAAUUUCGACCUCACUUCACUUUCUCAACAUUGUGUCCGCCUAACCCGACAGCUGCUGCCACAUUUAAUCUCCAGAUGCACUCUUUCCAACAUCCGAGCCCUUCUUCUUCUCUCCCUUUUCCUCCACAACUACAACGAACGCAAUGCGGCCUGGAACCUGGUCGGAACCGCCAUGCGUUUGUCCUUCGCUGUCGGCUUGCAUCGGGCUAGCGACAACGGGUUGCAUUUUCGGCCCAUGGAGAGGGAGGUGCGCAAGCGUGUUUUUUGCACACUCUACAGUUUCGAGCAGUUCCUUGCGUCCAGCCUGGGAAGGCCGAGUGGGUUCUACGACUUCGAGGAUGUUGAGAUAGUCCCUCCCUGCGAAGGAGUGUUGGACGGCGGUUACGAUGAGGAUGACGAGACUAUGAAGCUUUCCCUGGAGCUGCAAAUUAUUCUUGCUAAGGCGAGGGUAUCAUUUGCGGUCAAGACACUUCCUGUGGCUAACGACCAAAGAAGUAUGGAGGUCUUGGCUCGGCAAGAGCAGUCUUCGAGGGAGACCCUUGAGGCUUUGAAUCAGUGGAGGAACGUCUUGGCUUCACGCCACGCGUUGAACAUUCCCUUGAUUGGCGAGGCCGAAGAUAUUCUUUGCCAAGGAGUCCAGGAGGCGCCACGGAUGUCAUUACAAGAGCUCAAAGCAAUGAUGGGCUGGCAGAGUCGACAUCGGCUUAGAACCGCUCUGGUGCUGCACCUCCAGUAUAGAUACAUUGCCGUUCUAGUCACACGAUCUGCUUUGCUGCUAUCCGUUGCAUCCGCGCAGUGGAGUAAGGAAGACGUCGCUCUUAGCCAGAGCAAGGACGCCACUGAUCAGAACUCCGGCCCUGUAGGGGAGCGCCUAUCGGACAUCUGCGUCACGCACGCCGUGCAGCUCUGCCGCCUCAUCUUGCUUGCCAACUCCUUCGACCUAGUGAAUGGUAUCUCGGCCAUGGACGUCUUCUACGCUUACUGUGGCGUCAUGGUACUUAUCCUGCGAUCGCUGCGGAUUUCAAUCUCUGCGAGCCACUGCCACGACCAGCACGAGGCGCAUCUGCAGACGGAGCUGCGCCAACUGAUCGCUCAGACGAGAGAGGUGCUCAUGCGCGUAAACAAGUGCAGCACGAUGAAGAGGUUCGCACGCGUCGUGGCAACGUUUGAGGAUGGAUCGAGACAGGAUAACACCAAACCUGCUGUUUCUGUCUCCAACCAUUCGGCGAACGGACGUCUGGCUAAAGCAGGAAGGAAUGCCCAGGUAGCACCUGGGUUUCGGAGGACUCGUUUAAGUGACCCCAUUCAUUCUGCCAUGGACGGCCGGCAAGCCAGCAGCCUGGCAGCAGCUCCUGGAGCAGGAGCAUCGCUUGAUACUUUCUCACUGUCUGCCUCGCAGCAGGACCCCAUCAGCGUCCAGCAUGGGCAAAGUACCGGGGUUGCGUCAAGGCUCGGCAUCCCAGAUGCCUCCUGGCAGCCAAAUUUUCUGACGUCUUUUGAUGGAGAACCGGAUACUAGCCGUUGGAUGGACUCAUUGCUCGCCCUGGAUGGGGCUGGCAUGGUGGACUGGGGCGAUAUCGAAUUCCUCUUGGCACGACAUUCGGGGCAAUGA